UAAGAAAUACAAUUUUCUCAAGUGUGGACUUAAAAGAGAGAGAGAGAUUCAGAUUCAUGAACUUCAAGGUUAAUUUUCGGUAGAUAUAUUUAGAUAUAUAAAUUGCGUAGCUCCUUCAUGUCUUAGAGACAAUCCAAACUCUUGGGAGCUAUAGAAAUAAGAAAAACCUGAACAACUUCGAAGAGAGAGAGAGAUGGGAAGGAGUCCUUGCUGUGCAAAAGAAGGGUUGAAUAGAGGCGCAUGGACAGCUUCUGAAGAUAAAAUACUCACUGAGUACAUUAAAGUUCAUGGUGAAGGAAAAUGGAGAAAUGUACCCAGAAAAGCAGGAUUAAGAAGAUGUGGGAAAAGUUGCAGACUGAGAUGGUUGAAUUAUCUGAGACCUGACAUUAAGAGAGGCAACAUUACUCGCGAUGAAGAGGAACUGAUUAUCAGGCUACACAAGCUCCUGGGAAACAGGUGGUCUUUAAUUGCUGGGAGGCUCCCAGGGCGAACAGACAAUGAAAUCAAGAACUACUGGAAUACCAACAUUGGAAAAAGAUUACAACACCACCAUCAAACUAACCCUUCAUUGCCAUCGAAGUCUCCGAAGAUUGAUAAAGAUUCCGAUUUGAUUUGGACAAAGGCUUCAAAGUGUCACAAAGUGGUUAUUAGUCCCUUAGAACCACAAAAUUCUGAUGAAAUUGACCAAGUUAUUGACAGUAAGCAACAAGCAGCUGGAGCUGGAGGCUCCGUGGUGGUGAAUGAGAGUGAGGAUGACGUUCAUUAUAAUGUGAAGGGAGGUGAAGCGUUACCGAAAUUCAGUUUCCAGGAGAAUAAUCUAUCGGAUUUCAUGGUGGAUUUGCAAAUGGACGAGCAUUUACUGUCAUUUCUCUACUCAGAUUUCUCACAAUUAUCAUAUUUUGAACAUAAUAUUAAUAAUGGAGGUCCUAGUAGUAGUACCGCAAUAAGUGACAAAGGCUGUUUAGGUGAUGAUCGUCAUCCGAAUUCUAAUCAAACCCUUUUGUUUUGUGAAGAGAAGAAGAAGCUCCAUGGUUCGGAUUUUCCCCUGAUGGACUCAUUAAGCGGCUCCGACUUUGAGUGGUUUCAAGCCUAACUAAUUAGCUAACUUAGUUAAUAAUAUUGUAAUUAUUAAUAUUGUAUACGACUUUGUCGAGAUAAUUAAAGAUGCAGCUACUGUAAAACAAUGUGAUUUCCAUGUGCAAAAGAAUAUCUCUUUCUCUUU